AUAUUGUAGGCAGCAAGAUUUGCGGAUGGGGAAAUGCGGAUGGGGAAAAAUGAGCUCGAGCGUCGAUACUUAAAACACAAUCUCUCCGAAGUGACGUUGUUAAUCAGAGAUCCGACAGUUUGUUUGUGUUUGACAAACAUGAAGCUUUUCGGUGUGUUGCGUGUUUCUGCUGUGUUGCUGUGCUGUUUGUCAGUAGUGUGUGCUGUAUUACCUGUCCCGCAGAAUGUGAUCAUUCAGACGUGCAACAUGAAUUAUGUACUGAAAUGGGAUUGGGAUCCGAAUCAGGCACCAGACGACGCAAACAACGUUACUUUCACUGCACAGUAUCUGCCGAUGUUUAAGAUGAGUAAGCCCAAGCGCAAGCAGGACUGGAAGUCGGUGUGUGAGUCAACACCUGAACACGUCUGCGAUUUUUCCUCAGCGAAACUGCAUUAUCUUGGCAUGUGGCUGCUGCGUCUGAGGGCUCAAAGCGGCCAAAACUUUUCAUCCUGGGUCAAGAUUGAGUUCUGUCCCGACAGAGAUGCUGUCAUCGGGCCGCCCUCUGCAGUGAACGUGACCCCUGUUAAUGGCUUCCUGCAGGUUGCAAUCUCUGACCCUUUGACUAUCACCAAUGGCUCCAUGAAGGAAUGGCUACCCAAUAUGUAUUACUUUAUACAGUACUGGAAAAGGAGCUCUCCAACACAGCCUACUAAUCUAACAAGUGCCAAUAAUCUGGUGAUUCUGCCUGAGCUGGAGAGCUGGACAUGGUACUGUGUGAGAGUGCAGUCUGUGGAUGACUAUUAUAAGAAGGCCAGUGUCUUCAGUCCCACCUACUGCAUACAGACGGAUGGUCAGACCCCAUACUGGCAGAUUGUUGUGUACUUCCUGUUGUCGUUGGGGCUGAGUUUCCUGGUGUUGCUGGUGCUUUCCAUGUGUAUCUUCAGAGUGGUGAAGGUAGUCAAGAACACCUUCUAUCCCUUAGUCCCACUGCCUCAACACAUCCAGGAGUACCUCGACUUUGGCAGCUCAGACGUGCCACGCUUGUUGAGUGCUGAGCCGGAGAUCUGCUGUGACAGACUGAAUCUUCUGACCCCUGUCACCGAGGUCAUCUUGGAGGUCCACUUGCCACCUGAGAUUUCGCAGCAGAUGGACAGAACACACAGCCGACACAGCAGCUGCGAUUCCGGCGUUUAUUCCACAGAGGGUUCGGGCCCGAGGCCGAGCGAGCUUGGAGAGGUGACGGUGGAAAAACUGGGAAGGAAGAUGCAAAUCGAGGAGCUGGACGAAGGAGUGCAAGACGUGUGCGUCUAAUCUGGGAAUGAGAAUGGCCUUGAACUGGCUUUCAUGUUCGGUUUGUGCUGCAAUCUCUUCCCCACAUGCAUCCUGCAGAGACAUAAAAAGACUCCCAAACAAACUGCCUGUUAGAAGGGCAGGUUAGAGUGACCUGAUCUCUCGGAAAGUCUUUUAUGAAGUUGUAAGAAAAGAUAAUUGCGCUGCCCGCCCUGACUUUUCAUACCAGUUUAAAAGAUUUGCACUUUUAACACAUCACAUUUUCUUCCAGCAUUUACUGUCAUUACUCUACAACACGUCAAUAAAGGGGAAAAAAACAGAUGAAAUAAAUGGCACAUAUGGAAUAAAAAUGGCAUUAAAAAUCCCAAGGGGGAAUUGUGUAACGUGAAGGACUGAUCUGUAUGCUGCUUAUAAACAGUUAAAUCUUUUUAAGCCAUGAUGUCAAAAACUGUCUGUUUUGAAACUGUUUUCUUACUGUUUAAAACCAUAUAUACAGGCUCUUAAACAACAAAAUCUCACUUUUACAUUAACAUUAAGAUAAUGGUAUGUUUGUCAGGUUUUUGUGUAUUUGUAGCUAUGUUUAUUCAUUGUGUUUUGACAAUAGUCUCGUUUUAAUAUGAUUAAUUAUAGUAUAUCAAUUUUAAUGAUUCUUAUAGAAUCUGAUAUUAUUAUGUCAUAGAUUACUUUCUUCAUUUGCUUUUCUUUACUUCUGUUUCGAAGGUUCUGUUUCGUGAUUAUAAAAGCUCCAUUUGUUUUUCUCAUGAAAGAGAAGACAACUUGUACACAUAUAUGCCUUUUACAACAUGUUUUAUUGUAUGGAUUAUCGAAAGCUGUCGGUUUGACUGUUGUGAAGUUUCCAUAUUUUCUCUUACAUAGUAAAACAAUGUAAUCAAUACAUUUUUCCUGCUGUGGCAGGAACAGCUGCAAGAGGGUCGAGGUCAUUUUGUUGACCUUGAUCACUUUUUGCUGGAAUGUAACAUUAAAGUACAGAAAAAGGA